CCAUCUCUCCCUUCCCACUGGAUCGACGACGCGGACACGAAAGAACACGCACGGAUACGCAGACACUCAUGCGUCCGGCGUGACGACCGAACCUCUCUAUAAGAAGACCGCCCGCGCGCGCGUUCGAUCACGCCACUCCAGAGUCCAGACCAGAGUGUAGCAAUGGCGGCCGGGCGAGCGUGUGCUCUUAGCGUGGUGGCGGUGGUGGUGGCGGCGGCGCCGCUCCUCCUCGCCGGCGUGGUGGGCGCCGACUGCUUCGACUACUGCUUCAAGGACUGCAUCGCCAAAGACAAAAAUAUGAUCGACUACUGCAACUACGCCUGCGACAAGACCUGCUACCCGGGCGCGCCCCAGCGACCCUUGGCGGCGCCUGCAGCCCCCGGCGACAUGGGAUGCCAGCUCUCCUGCGCCAGGACUUCCUGCAACCGCCUGGGUCCAGACUGCAAGGCCGCAGAGGCCUGCUUCGGGCAGUGCUAUGACGGCUGCAAGACCAAGACUCUGCCGAGGCCUCUCCGCGCCGGCGCCGGCAUGCCCACCACGUUAGGCCCGGUGGUCGCCGACCUUGCUUCAUCCGAGCCGGACCCAGACGACGCUUUUCCUUCAUCCGAGCCGGACCCAGAUGACGCCUUUCCUUCAUCCGAGCCGGACCCAGAUGACGCGGUCCGUCCGUCGUCAGAGGCGCCCCAACAUCAGGCGAUGCGGCCACGUACACCGUUAUCGGAGAUCCACGCUGCUCCCCCGGCGUCUGCGUGACAAGAAUGCUUCGGUGUACGGCUGAGACAGUUAGCAUUGGCCGACCAAAUGAUAUGUACGCGCGAUCACCAGGUGCGGAUGGAUUAGCGCAUGGACCAAAAAGCCUCGUGCUAAUGGGCGUACCCGGUUUUAAAACGCCGCUGAAUAAAGUGUAUUAGGCUACUCGUAACUGGAAGUACUACUCCGUAUUAUAUAGUGUACGGGUUUGUUAACACUCAGCUAAACGGAGAUUAAAUUUGGUCUCAUUCAGUGGGCCAUCUGGAAUUACUAAAUUUAAAGAACUUGCUGUGUU